GCAAUUAAUAGGGACCGUUGAUGCAAAUUCUGUACUAGUGCAAUAAACAGGGACCGUUGAUGCGAAAUUAGCAUCAGAUUCUUUCAUCUUUAAUUAUUUAUGCUCACCGCUGCGAUCAAAAAGUCUACCAUCUGCGUCUGCCAAAUUUCUCCGGUGCUAGCAGCAACAAUGGCAAAAAACGUAUCAUUCAUCACCGGAUCCGAGCUUCUUUCUCUCAAAGAACGCUCUAAUGUAGCCAUCGUUGACGUGAGGGACGAUGAGAGAAGUUACGAUGGACAUAUAGCUGGAUCACUCCACUUCGCCAGCGACACUUUUCAGGACAGGAUCCCUAAUCUCGUUCAAGCCGCUAAAGGGAAAGAUACCCUAGUCUUCCACUGUGCCCUUAGCCAAGUUCGUGGGCCGAAAUGUGCACGUAGAUUUGCAGACUAUCUUGCUGAAGGGAAAGUGGAUGCAGGAAUAAAGAAUAUAAUGGUGCUGGAACGUGGUUAUAAUGGCUGGGAAGCAUCUGGUAAACCCGUUUGUCGAUGCCGUGGGUCCACCUGCAAAGGGGGAUGCUAAAGCCAGAGGUUUUAUUAUGAAGCGUAUUAUAUACAAUAUACAUGUAUUGUUAUACAUCGUAUCAUACUUGGCUUUUAUGUCCUGUGUAUAAUCAAAAUCCUACACAUUGAAUGGUUAUUAAUCCAAAUAAUAUGAGAUGGAAGC